GGCGCUUUUCAGUCACGUCAGCGGAAUAUGUUCAAGCACCCCAUGCCGCUUCGUGUUUCGGCGACCAUGCGGAGUCGUCCGCUGAAGUGUUUGGAGCUUCUUGCAUGCGCGGCGUGCGUGUGCGUGUGGUGGGCCAAGCAUGGUGUGGCUUUCACCUCAGGACCGGCGCACGGAUCUCUUCGCUGCCGUUCCUCCGCUCGAGUUCCGGAGCCGAUCAGGGGCGACCAGGUGCUGCGACGGGCGGAGGAGGAGCGCUUGAAGCGACGCGACUUCUUCGCGUCCGUGGCCUCGACGCCGCCCAGCGCGCUGGGGACGUUGGCCGUGCUCUUCGGGGCGACAGUCUUUGUGUUGACACGUGAGGAGAAAGUGCGGAAGGCGAAGAUUUGUCCGCGAAGCUGGCAGCAGAUCGAUGAUUUCAUGGCGGAUCCUGAGAAGACCAAGCGGCUUCACGAGCAGAAGGGUGUUCCCUACGAAGCCAUGAGGGACUACUUGCAGGAUCCCACUUGCAUCUCCCUCUCGGAGUAUGUGGAUCGUUUGAAGACUGCUAAGUCAGUCUGGGAGGCUGGCGAGGAGUAUCGGGUAGGCUAGGCUUGGCUAGGCCUAGGCGGCUAGGAGCCUCGACGCCAAGAUUUGUGCCUCCAAAUGGCAGUGGGUCAUUUGGGUGAGUUUGUUGUUUGUAACUCAUUUGGGAUUUCAAUGUUUUUCAUACUGCCUACAGUAGCUUCAUUUAUUGCUUUGAUGUCAUAGCUUGGAGACUGCCUUCUCGAAGCUGGAAAAGGAUGUGGUCACGUGCGAGCGUCGCCGCUGUGGGGAGCUUCAAACGUCAUUGUUUCAUAUUAUGGCUCCCACCACACCCUCGGAAGCUAGUUAGGCCCCCGAAACACCUUCUCAGGAGGCAGUUGGAUCCCCGUUGUUUGGCGAUUCUUGGCCUAAUGCUGCGAAGGGAAGACAGAAAAACACAAUCUUCU